UGUUUGUCAUCCACCAGUCACUACAUGGUAGAACAUUCUAGAAAAUUCCCUCAAAUCGAUAUGCAUUUAUGAAUUUCGACUUUGCCGGUAGUUGGUUAACUGUAUUGAAUGCAUGAUUUACACGAGUGAUUAGUGAUUUUUCGUCUACUUAUUUUUUGACCUAAAGUUGCUAGUAAUUCGUUUCGCUUAUAUAAAUCCACGUGUUUUUGAUUUGUGUUUUAUAAAUAAAAUGGCAUCAAUGUCCGUAAUAGGAAUAGAUUUUGGUAAUGAAUCGUGUUAUGUAGCUGUGGCUCGUGCUGGUGGUAUAGAAACUAUCGCAAAUGAUUAUAGUUUGCGAGCAACCCCGUCAUGUGUAGCCUUCAGCCCAAGGAAUCGUAUUAUAGGUGUAGCUGCAAAAAAUCAAAUGGUCACAAAUAUGAAAAACACAAUUCACGGCUUUAAGAGAUUGUUGGGACGAUCUAUUGACGACCCGUUUGUCCAAGCAGAACUUAAAUACUUACCAUUUAAUGUUGUGAAAUGUGAAAACAACAAAAUUGGUAUAAAUGUAAACUAUCUCAAUGAACAACAUACAUUUAGUGUCGAACAAAUUACAGGUAUGCUUUUGACUAAAUUGAAAGAAAUUUCAGAAAUAUCUCUUAAGACUAAGGUUAAUGAUUGUGUUAUAUCAGUACCAUCAUUUUUCACAAAUGCUGAACGGAAAGCAUUGUUAGAUUCAGCAUCGAUAGCUGGUCUUAAUGUAUUACGCUUAUUUAAUGAAACAACAGCAACAGCACUCUCUUAUGGUAUUUAUAAACAAGAUUUACCUAAUCCUGAAGAGAAACCUCGUAAUGUAGUUUUUGUUGAUUGUGGACAUACAUCUCUACAAGUUUUUGCCUGUGCAUUCAACAAAGGUAAACUUAAAAUGUUGGCAAGUUCUUUUGAUGCCCAGUUAGGUGGUAGAGAAUUUGAUUAUAUUUUAGCUGACCAUUUUAGCAAAGAUUUCAAAUCUAGGUAUAAUAUUGAUCCAAGAACCAAUUCAAGAGCUUUUUUGAGAUUAUUGGCUGAAGUUGAAAAAAUAAAAAAACAAAUGUCUGCUAAUUCUACCAAGUUACCCAUGAAUAUAGAAUGUUUCAUGGAUGAUAAAGAUGUUCAUGCUGGUAUCAACAGAUCAGAAUUUGAAGAAUUAUCUAUGCACUUAUUCAAUAGAGUUGAAAAUACAUUGGAUCAAUGCCUUAAAGAAUCUAAAUUGAAUAAAGACGACAUAUAUUCCGUAGAAAUUGUUGGUGGAUCUAGUCGUAUUCCAUACAUUAAAGGUCUAAUUGAAAAAAUCUUUGGCAAAUCACCUAGUACAACAUUAAAUCAAGAUGAAGCUGUAUCAAGAGGUUGUGCUUUACAAUGUGCUAUGUUAUCACCAGCUGUUAGAGUUCGAGACUUUAGUGUGACUGAUAUUCAGAAUUUUCCUAUUGAACUUGAAUGGGAACCUGCUGAUAACUCUGAUGAUGGGCGUGCUGAAGUUUUCCCAAAAAAUCAUCCUGUACCAUUCUCUAAAAUGCUAUCAUUCUAUCGUCUAGCUCCGUUUACUGUUAAAGCACAUUAUACAGGUCCUAUUCCAUAUGCUAAUAAUUAUAUAGGACAGUUUACAGUAAGAGAUGUUAAACCUACCUCUGAAGGAGCUUGCCAAAAAGUCAAGGUUAAAGCACGAGUUAAUUUACAUGGUAUAUUUAAUAUCAGUAGUGCAACACUUUUAGAAAAAUCUGAAAUCCAAGAGGAACCUGCAAAUCCACCCCCAGAACCUAUGGAAACAUCAGAAAAAGAACAACAACCAGCUGAAAAUGAAGAAAAAACUGAAGACAAAAAGGAAGAUAAAAAAAAAUCAGUAACUAAAACAAUUGACUUACGAAUUGAAGCAAUUACACAUGGUUACUCUACCAUGGAUUUAAACAAUUACAUUGAACAAGAAGGGAAAAUGGUUGCAGCUGACAGACAAGAAAAAGAAAGAAUUGAUGUACGAAAUUGUUUAGAAGAGUAUAUUUAUGACAUGCGGAGUCGCAUUUCAAGUGAAGAAGAUUUAGCACCCUAUAUUGUCGACAGUGAUAGAGAAAGUAUUUCCAAACAAUUAGAAGAUUUAGAAAUAUGGUUAUAUGAAGAGGGAGAAGAUUGUGCAAGAAAUGUUUAUACUGAAAAACUAGAUAUGUUAAAGUGUGUUGGUGAACCAAUUAAAAGACGUAAAGUUGAGUAUACCACUUUUCCUUCAGUAAGAGAUCAAGUUGUACAAUUAUUUACAAAAGCUGAAAGUGAUAUUGAAGCUUAUCAUAAAGGAAGUGAACAAUUUAAUCAUUUAGAUAGUGCUGAAGUUGAUAAGUUGAGCGAAAAUCUUAUCAGUGCUAAGAAAUGGUUAGAAGAAAAGUCAUCUCUAAUUUCUGCAACUCCAUUAUACAAAGACAUUCCAGUUAAAUUAGAUGAGGUAAUGAAGGAAAAACAUAGUCUAGAAACUAACGUAUUUAAAGUUUUAUAUAAACCAAAACCAGUACCUAAAGUAGAACCUCCCAAAGAAGAAGAAGCAAAAAAAGAUCCUGAACCUAUGGAAACUGAACAACCUGUACCAAAUGGAAAUGAUGCUUAAGAGCUUACUUUUUCCUUUAUAUUUUUGUUUUGUAUAUCUGUCACUUUGUAUUUAUAUUGUGUGUACUGUGUAUCACAAAAGUAAUUGUUAUGCAAAAUUUGUAUUUCAAAUUUAAAACUAAUUCAAUAGUCAAACACAAAUUUACCAAUGUAAUAGUAAGAUAUAAACUUCUUUAUAAUUUCUUGCUAUUUUUGUUAACUAUUAAUAAACUAACUAUCAUAAAUAAAACAAAUUGUUCUUAAUAUUAAUAUCUUUA